AUGGAGAGAGGAAAGGACAGAUUCGGUGCUGAGGAUUUCAAACAGGGUCUGGCCGUCUUGGAUCACGAGAUGGGCAAGGACGACUGGCUAGUUGCUUUUGCCCCCAUCACUCUCAUCUCCACGGGAGGCUUUCUCGCCACAAACUUCUUCCGGAAUCGCGAGAGCACAGGGGAUAUCGACUACUUGUUGGACCCGCAGUGGGCGCACGACAACGAGAUCAAACGACCGUUGCAGAACGCCAUCACACGAGCGGCCCGUCGCCUGGGAUUCAUCGAUGACUGGGUGAAUGAAGAGCUGGCCUUUUUCGUGCCCGACCAAUUUCGCCAACUCUUGUUUGAAAAGGCCGAGGAGCAGGAUAUUGUUCUGUGGGAGGGGAAACAUCUCCGCGUUCUCGCAGUGCCCUUGGAAUGGGCCCUGGAGCGAAAACUUCGUCGCAUUCACCAUAGUAAGAGGCAUGCAAAACGGGGGUCGGACAUUGCAGAUGUGCUGGCAAUCUUGAGGCACAUGCGUGCGCAGCAGGGAGGACCGCUGGAUGGGGAAUACAUUCGCACUUUGAACAUUUGUUCCUUCGAGUUGGCCCCAGACCUAAUCACGAUGGCCGAGAUCGCCACUGCGUACCGGAAGCAAUACGACGAAGAGAUCUUUUCCUAA